AUGUUGCUGUUUCUGGUAAUCCCGUUAUUGUUUGUCACCGGCACUGAAAGCUCGGCACCCUUGCUACAAACUGAAGACAUCAUCCCAGGACAAUACAUCGUCAAAAUUAAGUCACAUGACCUUGUCAGCGAAUUCAGAGAGAAAAUGGCGGAGCAGAGUUUGAAAUCAAUGCAAAGUUAUGGCGGGAUUGGACACGUGAAGUUGUUAUUCAGUCUGGAGGCAGAUCCCACUGUGCUGGUCUUUGAGUUAGACUACAAGUCUCUUACCUUGGUGCUGUCUCAUCCAGCCGUAGACUACGUUGAGGAGGACGGAACCAAUCAACCGGAUGAUGACAUAAUUGAACAUCCAGACACUUAUCUGCAAACACAGCCGCCAAGUAACUGGGGAUUGGAUAGGAUCAACCAGGAGGAAUCGACCCUGGAUCGGAAUGUUUCCUUCUUUGGUAAUGGCUUCGGAGUGAACAUUUAUGUGAUCGACAGCGGAAUAAACGAUCUACAUAGGGACUUUGAAUGCCGGGCGCUGAAAGCCUUUGAUGUGUUCGGCAGCGAUGGUCGAGACUGCAAGGGACAUGGGACGCAGGUAGCAGGUGUCGCGGCCAGUAAAACCUGGGGAGUUGCUAAAGCUGCGUCCAUUCACUCUGUCAGGACUCUGGACUGUAGAGGGAUAGGAAGAACUAGUGAUAUGGCAGCAGCUAUCGAUUGGGUAACAGCAAAUGCCAAGGCGCCUUGUGUUGCCACGUUGAGUUUCUCCAGGAAAACAUCAUCCCUAACCAUCGACAAUGCAGUAAAAGGAUUGGCAGAGAGUGGAUGUCUUCCUGUAGCAGCUGGAACUAAUAAUGUCCAAGAAGUUGCCAGUGACUUCAACGCUUGCACGCGAUCUCCGGCUCGCUCACCCUAUGCCAUUACAGUCGGUGCAAUCGCCUGGUCAAACGACGAGAAAGCAUCCUUCACGCGUUUCGGAGUCUGCCUGGACAUCUUUGCGCCUGGUCAUUUCAUCCGUACUACGUCAUCAGACGGCAAUUACGUCACUGCCAGCGGGACUUCGCUUGCUGUUCCAUUUGUAGCGGGAGUUGCAGCCCUUCAUCUUGCUUCAGGAAUGUCUACUCAAGAUGUUCGUAAGAGGAUCCUUGAAGAUGCAAUAAUCUGCACAAUACCUGACGCUGGGAAAGGUUCUCCAAAUCGACUCCUCUACACCGAACCUGGAGCUUACUAAUACAAACACAACAGCCCCCUCAUCGGUGGAACUAUUAAAGUGGCAGGAUGUUGGAGUUCCCAAGGAAAACAUUUAAUUUCUGUAAAUUUCUGAUAUUUCACAUGAUUUUCUGCGGAAAGUGUAGCACAAAAACUCGGAAAUUUCUUCAAAAUAUUCACUUUGUUUAGCAGGUUGAAAAAUUACAUGUGAUCUUGAUCUUGAUCUUGAUGUAUUUUCUCAAUACGUAAAUAAAUGUAGAAUCCAGAA